AUGGGGACCGGUCGGACCCCUACUACAGUCUUGUUUUCUUGCUUCCAACACUUCAUGCUAAAUGGCGAGCCAAUCACAACAGUCUCCACUUUGGCGAGCCAUCAACCAAACAUGACAAUUGUACCUUUAGGUUCUCUUAAUACUCUUGAAGACCAUUCUCACAAUAUUCAAGAAACCUUCACCUUGACAAAUGACCAUUUGCCUCAAUGCACCUCAAGUGCGGAGGUUGUCCAACCAAUCUCUAGCAUGCGAAAAGUUCUAGUGGUAGAUGAUCCCUUCAUAAGGCUGUGGAGAUCCGGUGAUCACCGAGAUAACUUCUAUGAUAGUGAAAUCAAUUUAUGGGGUUUACAUUUGAAUUCUGGAUAA